AUGAACGUUGUAGACAAACCACAAUUAUUUCAACGUAUUCUCUAUUCGACUUUUAAACUUCUAAGACUUCCUAUUCAAGUAUAUGGUGGUGAAAUUUAUAAAUUCAAUCUUAGAGACGGUAGUAGGCCGAUUAUUAUUGUAUACUUAACCCAUCCUCGGAGAGUCAGAAUACUGGGACGACUGGUUCAGUUUCUAACAAUAGUCAAAAACAGAUCGCAAAUUACUGCCCAAUCUAUAUCUAUUGAAUACAUAUGGCAGUUAAUUCGCUUACAUUAUGGCUUCCAAUCUACUGGAGCUCACUUUAUUGACUUUAACGAUAUCCAUUUAGAAUCUGAUGAAAAGGCAGAAGAUCUUUACAAACGCCUAUCAGCUUUUGUUGAAGAUAACUUACUACGACAAGGUGGUAAUAUCACACAUCAUGGUGUCGACGUUACCGAAGAUGAAGAAGCCUCGCCAACAUUGGAAAAUCUGGUGGUACUAAGUUGGUUGAGACUCAUCCACCACGACCUGCCCAAACUUGUGAAACAACGUUAUGGCACGGAAUUGAGAACACGCACUCUUGCUUCCAUAAAACCUGAAAUCUCCCAAGCUUUGGAAUCUCUGCUUCUCGAGAUCCACACCAGCGAGGAUGUCAGAACUAUGCGAACAAGCACAGGUAACCAGUUUUUAUUUUCUAGAGGUAAUCCGAAGGCUAGUAAUGGGCGAACCACAACCAAACCUAACCGAGCAACUAAGGUAUGUCCUAUAUGUCAGCAAGCUAAGCGACCAGACUUUAAUCACUUUUUAAGUGAGUGUCGAUUCUUACCCGACCAAGAUCGUAAAUUCUUAGCAAAAGCUAGACAGAUUACGAAGGUCGUUGACGAUACUUCUGAAUUUCCUCAGGAAGAAAAUACUGACCCUUCACAUUCGGAACCGGCAACAACAUUGCGUGUACAAGUAAGACAAUCACCUUAUCUCAAAGCAUUCUAUGCCCACCACGUAGCACACAUCACCAUAGAUAGUGGUGCUACAGGAAACUUGAUUAGCCAUUCUACCGUUAAAAGAUUCGACAUCGUAAUGUCCAAAAGUUCCCAGUCAGCACGGCAGGCAGAUGGCCAAUCACCACUCAAAGUCAUUGGCGAAGUUAAUAUUAUAUUCACUAGAGAUGAUAGAUCUUUUACAUUUGAAGGAAUGGCUGUAGAGACACUUGACGUUGAAAUAUUAGCUGGGACACCAUUUAUGGAGAGUAAUGAUGUGAGUGUUAGACCAGCGAAACAUCAAGUAAUCGUAGACGAACCGGAAAUUGCCUUGGAACCACGUGUUAUAUCUACUAAUUAUUCUGACAUUUGGCCACAGCCCGAUCUAUUGAAAGUUGUUUCUGGAAAAAUCAGGAUUCCCAAUAUGUCUUCCUCUCCUAAGAUCCUAAAGAAAAAUGAACAGGUCCAAAGAGUGAUGAUCCCAAAGGAGUCAACAGGUCCUUCCUUGCAUGUUCAGACUUUGAAUUAUAGAGCAACCGAAAUCCCGGAAACCCCCUUUUCCGAUCAGGUUCAGGUUGAUCCGGAUCAACUCUUAUCAGCUUCCUCUAGGGAAAAAUUUCGUGAGUUACUAAAACAGUAUGAUACUGUCUUUAGUCCCGAAUUUCCUGGCUACAAUGGACAAUCGGGUCCAUUUAAAGCAGUCGUCAACAUGGGUCCCGUCCAACCUCCACAACGCAAGGGUAGAGUACCCCGAUGCUGUGGCAAAAUUUUUGUUAGUGUAUGCUACGCCUCAUUGGUUUUAUCAUUUGAAGUCAAGGAGAAUGAUCGUACAGUUGGAGAUAAUGAUGGUUGGGUGGAGGCAGUGGUUGGUGACUACUUGCCAAAGCUAAUGAGUUGA